AAGCAAGAGUAUAUCUUUCCACUUUAUUUUUACUUUAAUUUACUCCAGUUUAGGUGUAAACUGUCCACGUUACCAUUCGCACCCAAAAAUAAGUGCUUUUAUUUUUUUUAAUAAUAUUUGCGGAGCAUCAUUUAAAUCAACUACCUGAGAUCCACAUAAUAUUUUGUAUUAUGCUGAGUAGCAAGUAAGAAAAGAAAUGAAAUACAAAUGGUAGAAUAACCUACUCACCAGUGUCACUAUUGAGCGGUAGACAAUGACUUACAUAAAUAUUACCUACGUAUAAAAAAUUGGAAGUGGGGGACAAUAGAGUGGAGCCCCAUACCAAUGUUUCAUAGAACUCUUGUACAAACCCGGCUCUGAAUAGACCUUUAAUGAUUUUCUAUGGAUUGUGUCAGCCAAACUUGCAGCAACAUCUCAUAUUAUAUUAUUAUAUUAGUCAACUACACUCUUAGUUGCAUCAAAGUUUAAUACUAUCUCUAGAUUUUGACAUUGAGUUUUUAAGUUAAAACUAGAUUUUGGUUCCAUAUAUAGGCCUUGAAAAUUGAUUCUAGACCAUAACAAGUGACGUCUGUAAAGAUGUCAGAUCUACUCGACCAGUGAGUUUCAGUCUGUUAUAAAUAGAGAGAACUACAUUUUAAGCUUCUACAACCAUUCAACUCUUUUACAAGCUUCAGAAUCUUUCACUUCUCUAAAAUUUUCGUUUCGACUAAUGCCAAAAAUGUGUAGUGAUUCUCAUAAACUCCAUGUUAUGUUCUUCCCUUUCAUGGGGUAUGGCCACAUGAUACCAACCCUAGACAUGGCUAAGCUUUUCUCCAGCAGAGGAGCCAAAUCCACAAUCAUCACCACACCUCUCAACGCCAAGAUCCUCCAAAAACCCAUCAACACAUUCAAGAGCCUGAACCCUGGUCUCAAAAUCGAGAUCCAGAUCAUCGACUUCCCUUGCGUGCAGCUGGGGUUACCAGAAGGAUGCGAAAACCCUGAUUUUUUCACAUCAAACAACAACCCUGACGAAAGACAAACCAUGAUGUUAAAAUUCUUUGCGUCCAUGAGGUUUUUCAAAGACCAGCUUGAGAAGAUUCUCGAGACAACGAGACCAAGCUGUCUUAUCGCCGACAUGUUCUUCCCGUGGGCCACAGAAGCUGCUGAGAAGUUCAACGUGCCAAGACUUGUGUUCCACGGCACUGGCUACUUCUCAUUAUGCUCUGAACAUUGCAUCAGAAGAAUGCAUAAACCAAAAAUGAUCAGUGAGCCAUUUAAGGUCCCCGAUCUCCCUGGGGACAUUACGAUGACUCAAGGACAGAUGAGAGACCUCGACGAAGAAACCGAUAUGGGGAAGUUUCUGAUCGAGGUUAUAGAAUCUGAAGUGAAGAGCUCGGGUGUUGUCGUGAAUAGCUUCUACGAGCUAGAACCUGAAUACGCGGAUUUUUACAAGGGCUCUGGAGUGACGAGAGCUUGGCAUAUUGGUCCGCUCUCGGUUCAGAACAGAGGAUUUGAGGAGAAGGCUAAGAGAGGAAAGAAAGCGAGCAUUGACGAGGUUGAAUGUCUCAAAUGGCUUAACUCCAAGAAACAAGAUUCAGUUAUUUACGUUUCAUUUGGGAGCGUUGCUUACAUCAAGAACGAGCAGUUGAUAGAGAUCGCUGCAGGGUUAGAAGCUUGUGGCGCAAGUUUCAUUUGGGUUGUGAGAAAACGUGGUGAAAGUAAAGGCGAAGAAGAAUGGUUACCAGAAGGGUUUGAAGAGAGGGUGAAAGGGAGAGGAAUGAUAAUAAGAGGAUGGGCUCCACAGGUGAUGAUACUUGACCACCAAGCAACCGGUGUGUUCGUGACCCAUUGCGGCUGGAACUCGGUUCUUGAAGGAGUGGCUGCAGGGCUUCCGAUGGUGACGUGGCCGGUUGGGGCGGAGCAGUUCUAUAACGAGAUAUUGGUAACGCAAGUGCUCAGAACGGGAGUUAGCGUGGGAACCAAGAAACAUGCGAGUAUGGGAGAUUUCAUUGGCAGAGAGAGUGUGGAGAAAGCGGUGAGGGAAGUGUUGGUAGGGGAAGAGGCCGAGGAGAGGCGCGGAAGGGCAAAGAAACUGGCUGAGAUGGCUAAAGUCGCUGUGGAAGAAGGAGGGUCUUCUUAUAAUGACUUAAGCAGCUUCAUAGAAGAGUUUAGCUCAUGAUGAUCCAGU